AUGGAAGAAGAAAAUAUACCCGAAUUAGUUGAAAUCUUUCCAGAAACUGAAAGUAUUAAACAAGAUAUUAAUGAAGAUAGCGAUAGUAAAGAUACAAAAGUUCCUAUAACAAUCAUUACAGGUUUCCUAGGCUCAGGAAAAACUACAUUGUUAAAUUAUGUGUUGAAUGAACAACAUGGUAAAAGAAUAGCAGUGAUUUUGAAUGAGUUUGGAGAAAGUAGUGACAUUGAAAAAUCUUUAACAAUAAAAAAUGAUGAAGAAGAUUUAUUUGAAGAAUGGUUAGAAUUAAAGAACGGAUGUUUAUGUUGUUCUGUCAAAGAUAGUGGAGUAAAAGCAAUUGAAAAUUUGAUGAAGAAAAGAGGAAAGUUUGAUUACAUAUUAUUAGAAACAACAGGUCUUGCAGAUCCUGGACCAAUAGUUUCAAUGUUUUGGUUAGAUGAUGAUUUAUUUAGCGAUAUUUAUUUAGAUGGAUUUAUUACAUUAGUGGAUGCUAAAUAUAUAAAACAAAAGAAUGAUGAUAAUUCAAUAAAUGAAGCAGUAAAACAAAUAGCAAUAGCAGAUGUGAUAAUACUUAAUAAAAUUGAUUUGGUUGCUUUUGAAGAAAUUGAAAAUAUUGAAGAAGAAAUAAGAUUUUUAAAACAAAAAAUUCAAGAUAUACAUGCAUUUGAUACAAAAGAAUAUCCAAGAUUAGAUGAUUCAACAACUGAUAAAAUAACAGUUAAUAAUUUAAAUAUUGAUAAAAAAAAUAUUCUUUCUGAUAAUAAUUCUCAACAACAUAUAGGAGAUGUCAAAACCAUAUGUUUAACAGGUUUUCCAAAAAAUUCAAAUAUUAAAGAAUUAGAGAAUUGGAUUCAAUAUUUAUUAUGGAAUAAAGUUAUUCCAUCUCCAGCGUUAUUUAAAUUGUCACCAGCAACUAAUUCUGACAAUAGUGAUGAUGUUAAAAAAAUCUCAAGUAACAAUAAUAAAUCUUCUGAUGAAGAAGAAGAUAGUAGGGUUAUAAUUCUAAGACUUAAAGGAAUUAUUAGAAUAACAAAUGAUUCGUCAUAUAUUGUAAUACAAGGAGUUCAAGAUCUAUAUUAUUUAGAAAGUAUUGCUAUAAAUGCUAAUAAUGACGAGAUCCAAGAUAAAUUGGUGAUGAUUGGUAAAAAUUUGGAUUAUAACAAAUUAAAAGAGUCGUUAUGGAGUUGUAUGAAUUGGAAUUGA